CUUACCGACUAGCGACUCGCGGACGGCGCCGGGGAUCCAGGCUGGGGGGAGGCCAUGUCGGACCUGGAGUCCGAGGAGUUGGAGGAGGAGAGAGAGGAUGAUCUGGGGGAAUAUGAGGGGGAACGGAAUGAGGCAGGUGAACGGCACGGCCAUGGGAAGGCAAGACUGCCCAAUGGGGACACGUAUGAAGGGAACUACGAAUAUGGCAAAAGACAUGGCCAGGUCAGAGUCUGGCAUCUACAGAUUUAAAAGUGGUGCUCGAUACGUUGGAGAAUAUGUUAAAAAUAAAAAGCAUGGUCAAGGCACCUUUAUAUAUCCUGAUGGAUCACGAUAUGAAGGGGAGUGGGCAGAUGACCAAAGGCACGGCCACGGUGUGUACUACUACGUCAACAACGACACUUACACGGGAGACUGGUUCACUCACCAAAGGCAUGGACAGGGCACCUAUUUCUACGCAGAGACGGGCAGUAAGUACGUUGGCACCUGGGUACACGGACAGCAGGAAGGUGCAGCUGAGCUCAUUCACCUGAACCACAGGUAUCAGGGCAAGUUCUUGAACAAAAACCCUGUGGGCCCCGGGAAGUACGUGUUUGAUAUCGGAUGUGAACAGCACGGGGAAUAUCGUUUAACAGAUGUGGAAAGAGGAGAAGAGGAAGAGGAGGAGGAGACGUUGGUACCCGUCAUUCCAAAGUGGAAAGCGACCAAAAUCACAGAGCUGGCGCUGUGGACCCCAACCCUCCCCAAGGAGCUGCCACCAGGGGACAGAGCUGUCCAGGGAGAGGCCCAGGGAGACGAGGCAGGCAGGCCUGAGCCUGUGGAGGAGACCCAGGUUCCAAAGGACGUUUCUGAGGGGGAGAUGGAUUCCAUGAGGCCUGGAGAGGAGGACAUUGACGCGGCCCAGGAGGGGGGCCCUGAGUACGGCCGGGAGGAGGUCCGCGACGCCGACAACGCUGACCAGGUAAUGAUCCUAAAUGCUGUCGUCACGCACCAUGGAAGCAGGAUCUGCUGGCUGUGUGGCCUUAUGGCCAGAACCCCGGCCUCACCAGUAACAUUAGUUUGGAAGAAGAAGAAACUCGACAGUCAGAAACACCAGAGUAAGAUGCAGCAAGUCAACAGAAUAGAUGCGAUCAUAAACAUGCUUCUGUUACUUGGGUAGUUAAAUCCUGAUCAAUUAUUAAUCUCUCUUAGUUCUUUGUUGAAAUUGUUUACAAUUGCAAAUAAAUUUCUCCAUUGUCCUUUGUG